AUGACAACGUCGAGAACUCUUCUUCAACCAGAGUGCGGUACGACAAAUCCAUUGAUCAAACUAACUGAAUUUCAUAAACAUGACAAAACACUCGUGACACAAGAUGGUUUAAUCAAUCGUUCAUCAUCAAUCAACUCAGCAAAUGUCAAUUCGAAUAUUCAUGGUGAUACUGCAGUUGAUGAAUUCGUCAAUGAAUACCACAGUUCGAGUUCUGCUGCACCGAGUACAUUUCAACUACAAGAUCUCUUGACAAGUUUAUCUUCAUGUGACAAUCAGGGAUGUGAAUGGGCUCAAGAAUUUCUGGAUCCAUAUUUCAAUUCGAAUCGAACAACAACAUCUCAAUUUCAACAGCAACUAUUCGAACACGAACAAAGUUAUCUUCCAUCAUUUUCGCCUCCUAUUCUUUACUCUCAUCCGGUCUUUCUUGAUCAACAACUGUUUCCUCCUCAGACAGAAUUUGCCAACGAUGCAGCAAGUGCUGCAAAUGUUAUUCUUUCUUUUCUCGGAGACAACCAAUUUGCAGCUAAGAUCGAAGACGAUGUAUUGCCGCCAAUCGAGAUGAAUGAGAUAAAACAAUCCAAUGCGGAGAACCUGCCUAGAGAGAACAAUCAACUACAACCCCCACGAUCGUUUUGUGAAGAGUCGAAUAGUCAUAUGAGUCAUUAUAUCGAGUACAAGUUUGAUCAACAGAAUCCAUUUUGGGAUUUGAUUGAUGCGUAUGGUGAAGGACUUAAACGCUUAGAAGUUCACGACAUUAUUAAUGCAAUUCUAUGCUUUGAAGCAGCCGUUCAAAAGAAACCUGAUCAUGUAGAUGCAUGGAUGCAACUCGGUAUAACUCAACAUACGAACGAGCAGGAUAGUCGAGCUAUUUGUGCAUUGAAAAAAUGCAUUGAACUUGAUCCGAAAAAUUUACAAGCAUAUAUAACAUUAGCAACGUGUUACACAAACGAAGUGCUAAGAAAAGAUGCACUCGACUGUCUUUAUCGAUGGUUGGAAAAUCACGAGAGAUAUUGCCAUCUUCUUUCUCAUGAUAACAAAGAGCGAAAUUCGAGAUUAACGUUCAAAAGUUUGAAAGACUUGUUUUUUCAAGCUGUUUCAUUAUCCAAUACAUCGAGCGAUAUCGAUUUCAAUCUUCAAGUAUGUCUGGGAAUCUUAUUCUAUUUGUAUGAAGAUUAUACGAAAGCAGCCGAAUGCUUCCAAGUAGCUGUGCUUUCUAAACCCAACGAUGCCCUAUUGUGGAAUAAACUAGGUGCAUCCAUAGCACACAGCGGUCGAAAUGAACAAGCGGUUGAGGCCUAUUAUCAUGCAUUGACUUCAUCACCAGGCUAUACGCGCGCACGGUAUAAUCUUGGAAUAAGCUGUUUGAAUCUUCAUGCAUAUGAACAAGCUAUCGAACAUCUUCUAAUUGCACUUAAACAACAAACUAAUGGCGUUAGCAACGAAGCAAUGUCAGAAAGUAUAUGGCACACAUUGUCUAUUGCAGUGGCUCGAUGUGGACGAGAAGAUUUGAAACAUCACGUUGAGUAUUUCACUCGACUAAAUCGAAUAAUGGCACAAGCAUCUGCAUUAACCAUUGACGACAAGCAUGAUCUGAUCGUACGAAAUCUUCAAGAAGUUCUUGGUAAUGAUCGUUUGCGGAAAAUUUUGGAAGAACGUGACCUGAAAGUCUACUGGGGAACCGCAACAACUGGCCGACCACACAUCGGUUACUUCGUACCGAUGACAAAAAUCGCUGAUUUCUUACAUGCUGGCUGCGAGGUGACAAUUCUCUUCGCUGAUCUCCAUGCUUAUCUAGAUAAUAUGAAAGCUCCGUGGGAAUUGCUUGCUCAUCGUACUGUCUACUAUGAACAUAUAAUCAAAUCAUUGUUGAAAUCCAUUGAUGUUCCGCUUGACAAAUUGAAAUUUGUCCGAGGAACAGAUUACCAAUUAUCUCGAGAAUAUACACUUGAUGUUUACCGAUUAUCAUCAGUUGUUACCGAGCAUAACGCCAAGAAAGCCGGCGCCGAGGUUGUUAAACAAGUGGAAUCACCCUUACUCAGUGGUUUGCUCUACCCAGGACUACAAGCUCUUGAUGAGGAAUAUUUAAAAGUAGAUGCACAAUUCGGUGGAGUCGAUCAACGAAAAAUUUUCACUUUCGCUGAAGAGAAUCUACCAAGUCUUGGUUAUGCCAAGCGUAUUCAUUUAAUGAAUCCAAUGGUACCCGGUUUGAAUGGUGAUAAGAUGAGUUCAAGUGUUGAAGAUAGUAAAAUCGAUUUACUCGAUACACCUGAUCAAGUUAAAAAGAAACUGAAAAAAGCAUUUUGUGAGCCAAAGAAUAUCACCAAUAAUGGUAUACUUGCUUUCUGUAAAAGCGUUGUCUUUCCCUUACUUAAAGGCAAAGAUUUCAUUGUUCAACGCGCAGAACAAUAUGGUGGACCACUCGCAUACUCAGCUUACCAACAAUUAGAAGAUGGUUUCGCUACAGAGGACGUACAUCCAGGUGAUUUAAAGAAUGCCGUAAAUAUAUACCUCAAUCAAUUGCUUGAACCCAUUCGAAAAGAUUUUGAAUCCGAAUCGAUGCAAGAAAUGAUAAAACGAGCCUAUCCGCCACCAGAACCUGUGAAACAAAAGCCCAAAAAAUCCGGCGGACAAAAAGGACAACGACCACCAGCAACAACAACUGAUGCUAACUUAGCUGAACAUGUCAAGGAAACUCUCGUUCUUGAAAAUGGUGCAAGUUCGAUGUCAACACCGGUGGGCGUAAAUCAAAACGGCCAAGUUUAA